AUGCCGCCGCCCCCAGAAGUGGCGCUGGAGGAGGAGGCCGCCUACCAGACCGCACUAGAGGCGACACUGUCUGCUGCGGGGGACCAGGUAUGCCUCCUGCCCCCGCUCCCCGAGCCCAAGGCUGAGCCGCCGCCCACGGAGCAUGAGCCGAAGAGGUACGCAUGGAACGGCUAUGUCCACGAAUGGGUCAGCACGCCACCUAUCGCAUUGGACUGCGGCGGGGCGCACGGGGCCGGCUGCGACUGCGGGGACUGCGAGGAGUGGAGGCGCUACUUCUACUGGAACCACGACCACGGCGACGGCGGCACCAACAAGUUCCUCCUCUUCGCCUCCCACGACAAAGAUAAUCUGUGCAUAUCGCCGGAGGUCACAAACCAGCUGACAAAUCUGAUCCCCGACUCCGGGCCUAUCAAACUUGAAACUCCUGAUGGCCGCACGUACAAUGUUGAAUUCCUCAAUCUUGACCUGAUAGUUCUUACAACUGGGUGGCGGGACUUUGUGGAUGCAAAUCACAUACAACAAGGUGACCGCAUGCUGUUUGUCUAUAGUGGGAAUUCAACCUUUAAGGUUCACAUAUUCAAUUCACCCGGCCGCAACAAGUUUUUGUCCUCUUCUGAACCACCUUGUGAUCAUCAUGUGCUGAAUGAACAAGUGGUGCCUCAUCCUGGGCAUGUUGAUAGGCCAGCCCACUUUGGCUAUACCUUGUUGCCCGGGAGCUUUGUAACCAAGGCACAAGAUGACAAAUUGCUAGAAUGGGUUAAUACCAUCAAGUCUGGAUUUCCUCUUUUUGUGGCAGCCAUGGACGAGAGCAAUGUCAGCUUGAACGACUGCCAUGUUUACAUACCACUGUGGCUUGUGGGCCAGUUGAAAGAGGAGGUGGUCAAGAUUGUAUCCCCUGACGGGAAUAUAUACGCUGUUGGAGCAAAGAAGCACAAUGAUGAUCAAAUUGUACUCCAAUCUGGGUGGGAUAGGUUUGUGACUGAUCAGUGCAUACAACAGAAUGACUUCCUCAUUUUCAUAAUUAAGGGGGAAACUCGCCUCAAAGUUCUGGUCCUUGACCCAAGCGGACACAAAGCUGGCAACUCAAAUGAAGCCGGUUUAGAAGCUCCUAUGCCCAACAAGUCCUACAUAGUGGCCCAAGCAGGGGCGACGAAGCUAACUGUGCAACAGGAGGAGAAAGUUAAGGAGAAGGUCCGGGCGAUUGGAUCUAAAUUCCCUGUGUAUGUGAAGGUGGUGACGCCAUACGAUGUUAUUGAAUAUUCACAGCUGAGAUUGUGCAUGGAAUAUGCUUCGGCGUGUUGUCUCCCGCUCGAACAAACACCUCUCCUGCUUGAGCUGGAGGGUACCGAUAUGCGGUGGCCUAGCACAUUGAGGGUCGAGAAAUAUAAGAAGGUGAGGUUGAUUUCCUCGUUCUGGAACGACCUUGUCCUGGAGGCCCGGAUGAAGAAGGGAGACAUCCUCCUCAUCGAACUGGCAGACAGGAGCAGCGAGAGGCUCAGGAUGACGAUCCGUCUGAUCCGUAAGUCAGAAAUGCAGCUCUAG